UCAAUUGAUUAUUGCAAACAAGGUUGGACCUUGUCUCCUCUUGUGUGAGGGCUCUUACUUUUACUUCUUAAUCUUCUCAGCAUUCCAUCAAUUGCUUGUUUUUUAUCUUUUUGAUCCAUCAUCAUGUCUCUUCAUUGGUGUUGCUUUGUGUGUCUCUUUCUUUUGGUGGGAUUGAGAGCAGAGGUAGCUAAUGCUCAGUUUUAUAGAAAUGUUGGAAAUAAACAUUUACCUUACUGGUCAAUAGUGGUGGAUCAAUCAGGGCAUGGAAACUUCUCUACCAUACAAUCUGCCAUUGAUUCAGUGCCUUCUAAUAACAGGUAUUGGGUUUCUAUCAAGGUGAAGGCAGGUACAUACAGAGAAAAAGUGAAGAUUCCUUACGAUAAGCCUUUCAUCAUACUAAAAGGGGAGGGAAAGAGGAGAACUUUAGUUGAGUGGGAUGAUCACAAUGAUAUUUCUCAGAGCCCUACGUUUGCAGCCAUGGCUGACAAUCUUGUUGUCAAAUGCAUGAGCUUUAGGAACUCAUACAACAAUCCAAUAAAUAAUAAACACGAGAAUGUGCCUGCUGUGGCUGCGAUGGUAAGUGGCGACAAGGCUUAUUUUUUCAGAGUUGGUUUCUUUGGUGUACAAGACACUUUAUGGGAUGUUGCAGGAAGACAUUACUACAUGCUUUGUACCAUGCAAGGUGCUGUUGAUUUUAUCUUUGGUGCUGCCCAAUCUUUAUUUGAGAGGUGUUCCAUAUCUGUUAUUGGUGGGGCCCUAGCUCCGGGCCUCUCGGGUUUUAUUACAGCACAAGGCAGAGAAAAUUCACAAGAUGCAAAUGGGUUUGUUUUCAAAGACUGCCAUGUGUUCGGAAGUGGGUCGAGUUACUUGGGGAGGCCUUGGAGAAGUUAUGCCAGGGUUUUGUUCUACAACACCACCAUGACCAACGUUGUACAACCUAGUGGUUGGACUUCAUCGGAUUUUGCUGGAUAUGAGGGUCGCAUAACAUUUGCAGAGUAUGGAAAUUUUGGGCCAGGUUCUGACCCUUCUAAGCGAGUGAGUUGGACCAAGAAGUUGGAUUUGAAAACAAUUGAGAACAUGGCAAGCCUCAAGUUCAUUGACACUGAAGGUUGGCUUCAAAACCAACAGUUCUAAGGCUGAUAUCGAUCUGAAAAAGGAAUUGCAGGCCCAAAAAUUUAAUAAACAAAUAAUAAUAAAAAAGCAUCAGCAGCUUCAACUGUAUGAGGAACAACUGCAUGAUCAAGUAGUUUACUACCAUCAUGUGGUUUUGACGAUGAAUCUUCGUAUGAUAUAUUAUUAACUCUUUUUAUAUAUUAAAUAAUUUAGUUACGUGUUAUAUAUGUAAAUAUUAGCCGAAAUAUGAUGCUUAUGAUAGAUAUAUACACUAUGGUUGCCGUGUAUUUAUAUGAUGUGUGUAUAACUCGUAAAUAUAUUUGUAGUGAAUUUUGUUAUAGGCAUAUGCACUGAUAUGUGCUUAGAUUUA